GCACUUUUCCAUUUGACAUUCUCUCUCUCCCUCUCUCUCUCUGACUCUCUCUCUUGCUUAAACAACAGCCCUAACUUUUGUGUGUUGCAAAUAUAAAAGGGAAGCCAUGUGACAGAGGGACAGAAGAACAAAAGCAUUUGGAAGUAACAAGACCUCUUUUAGCUCUCACAGUUUAGAAGUCCAAAAGGAGGUGGGAACAACACAUUUUACAAAGCCAUGAAGUAGAUGCUUUGAUGGAUUAUAACUUCAACAAAUGUCUACCCCAAAACUAGCAAUGACAACCCAAAGACUUAAAACAGAUCUUUCACUUUCCUUGAAAGGAACUGGGCCUCAGUCUUUAGAGUGCUUUUGAUGCUCUACCUCCCUCUACUGUUAUUCCUGAAAAGUUCUCCAAUGAUGGGAAGUCAUAUACUAGCGGCUUCGAUUUCCAUACUGUCUCUUCUGGCAAUCAUGGGAGACACAGAUACUAAAACAGACAGUACCUUCAUGAUUGACUCAGACCCAGGACGCUGCAUGAGGCACCAUUAUGUUGAUUCCAUCAGCCACCCUCUGUACAAGUGCAGUUCAAAGAUGGUGCUGCUGGCUCGCUGUGAGGGUCGCUGCAGUCAAACAUCCCGCUCUGAGCCAAUGGUGUCCUUCAGCACAGUCCUGAAACAGCCCUUCCGUUCCACCUGCCAUUGCUGCCGACCCCAAACAUCCAAACUGAAGGCCAUGCGGUUGCGCUGCUCAGGGGGCAUGAGACUUACUGCCACCUACCGUUACAUUCUCUCCUGCCACUGUGAAGAAUGCAAUUCCUAGGAGCAAAUGUGCUGCAGCAGAAUCAA